UCUAUCUCUCUCUCUGCGCCCUGUGAGCUGAACGGAGAGGAAGCGUCCCGAGUUUAACGUCGGCUCUGAUUCGGUGGGGGAAUCCCGCGGAGCCCUAGGACCCACCGGAAGAGCUGAACAUGCACUAAAGUUCUCAAACAACCUAAGUAAGCUCCGACAGCAGACAUGGGCAGACCCGAACCUUGCGUGCUAUUCGCCCAGACAUUCGUCCACCCCCACCUCGACGAGUACGUUGACGAGGUGCUGUUUGCUGAACCCGUAGUCAUCACUGCCUGUGAGUUUCUCGAGCAGAGCGCACCCUCGGCUUGUCAAUCUGUAGCACUCGUCGGGGCAACUUCACCUCCAUCAUUUGCUGUGGAAGUGUUCGUUCAAUGCGAGGGCGAGACAAGGUUUAGGCGUCUCUGCCAGCCCUUUUUGUAUUCUCAUUCUUCUUCAAAUGUGCUCGAAGUCGAGGCUGUGGUAACUAACCAUCUGGUUGUACGGGGCAGCUAUCGCAGUCUAAGCCUAGUAGUUUAUGGGAACACAGCAGAGGACCUUGGCCAGUUCAAUAUAGAAUUUGAUGAUAGCUCUUUGACAAAUAUAGUUAGUUCGGUUGAGGGAAAUCUCGAGGAUCUUCCUUUGCCCCUACAUUCUACUAAUUUCACAAAUGAUGAAUUCGUGUGCUCUCUGCACGCAUUGCCUCAGUCUGUUAGUGUUCUGGACAUAUCUGUUGAGGUUAAGCAACUUCUGCAAUUAGUACUAAAGAUACUAGAAGUUGGGGAACAUGGGGAUGCCGCAUCUAAGGUUGUGGGUGCUGUAUUAUCAGCUGGUUCUGCUUAUAUCUCUCAUGAUUUAUCUAGCGCAAUCAUCAAUCAGAAAACUCUUAGUUGGGGCAGAUCCAAAGACAGCAGGGAGCUGCAAACAGCUAUCAGUGAGUCCAAAAGAGAGCUUCUUGAGCUCUAUAAAGUUGUUCAGCAUGAAUCAGGAGAUAUGCUGGCAGAGUCAUCAAUUGGAUCCUCUUUACUUGAGAAUGAUGAUCAUCAAGUUACUUCAAAGCUUUUGGUAGAUAUGUUUCAUCGACAUUUCCAAUUUGAAAAUGAUUCCCGUAUUGUUGGACAUCCCUCGCUCUCAAAGAGCAAGAAUGUCUUCUUGUGGUUGAGUGUGGCUCUUCUGCUGUGCUCUAGUAGAGAGAGCUGCUUUCACUUUGUCAAUGAGGGUGGAAUGGAGCAACUUACACGAGUAUUCUGCCAUCAAUUGCAAAAUUCGGCUGCUACUGUGUUGCUUCUCCUAGGAGUCAUGGAGCAGGCAACUCGUCAUUCAAUUGGAUGUGAAGGCCUUUUGGGUUGGUGGCCUCGUGAAGAUGAAAAUAUCCCAUUGGGUAUAAGUGAAGGUUAUAGUCAGCUGUUGAAGUUGUUACUGCAAAAGCCACGUCAUGAUGUGGCUUCCCUUGCAAGUUACGUUCUUCGCCGUCUUAGAACUUAUGAAGUUGCAUCAAGAUAUGAGUAUGUAGUUCUCUCUGUUUUAAGAGGUCUCUCCACUGACGGUAUAGUUACCAGCACUUCCAUGGAUUUGCUUGCCAGUGCCAAAUCUCAACUCAAGAAUCUUCUGAAGCUGGUGAAGUCACAUGGUCCAAUUGAAGAUCCUUCUCAAGUAGCUCGUGCAUGCCAAUCAUUGAUACUUGGUCAAAAUGAAGGGUCGUUGUCAUAUAAAGCCACCAGUAGCUUGAUCACUUGGUCAAGUUCUUUCCUUUUCAAUUGGGACGUUGACUCGCAUUUGCUGACCCUUCUCAAGGAGAGGGGAUUUUUGCCUUUGUCUGCUGCAUUGUUGUCCUCUUCAGAAUUGCGUUCAGAAGUGGGACAUACAAUGUACUUAUACAUGGAUAUAACAUUUUCCAUUGGUGCAAUAAUUUUUUCACUGCUCCUUUCUCGUUCAGGUUUACUUUUUCUUGCGCAUCAGGCUGAACUUUCUGCCAUGUUAAUUCAGGCCCUUAAGGGUGCUGAUUCUAAGAAAAAGGAUGACUGCCUUCCACUUCGAUAUGCAUCCAAUUUAAUAUCUAAAGGUUUCUUCUGUGGGCCCCGUGAAGUUGGAAUGAUUCUUGAGAUGCAUCUUAGAGUGAUUAAUGCGAUUGAUCAUUUGCUGAUAUCGGCGCCACAAUCUGAAGAGUUUCUGUGGGUUCUGUGGGAACUUUCCGCCUUUUCUAGAUCUGACUCUGGUCGUCAAGCCUUACUUGUUCUUGGACAUUUUCCAGAGGCUAUUUCAGUACUGAUUGAAGCAUUGCAGUCCGUCAAGGAACUAGAGCCUGUCGCAAAGACAACAGGAGCUUCACCUUUGGAUGUUGCAAUCUUUCACUCAGCAGCAGAGAUUUUUGAGAUCAUUGUUACGGAUACCAUUGCAUCUUCUUUAGGUUCUUGGAUUGGAUAUGCAGUUGACUUGCACAGAGCUCUGCAUUCCUCGUCGCCAGGGUCCAAUAGAAAAGAUGCUCCUACUCGGCUUUUGGAGUGGAUUGAUGCUGGGGUGGUUUAUCACAAAAACGGGGCCAUUGGUCUGUUGCGCUAUGCUGCUGUAUUAGCUUCAGGAGGAGAUGCUCACUUAACAUCAACUAGUAUUCUAGUCUCAGAUCUGAUGGAUGUUGAGAAUGCCAUUGGAGAUUCUUCUGGGGUUUCUGACCUUAAUGUCCUGGAGAAUCUUGGAAAAAUAAUCUCAGAGAAGACAUUUGAUGGAGUGGUACUCCGCGACAGUGCUGUGGCACAGCUUAUUACAGCAAUUCGGAUUCUGGCAUUCAUUUCUGAAAACUCCACUGUUGCUGCAGAGCUGUAUGAUGAGGGUGCCAUCACAGUUGUGUACGCAGUUUUAGUCAACUGCAGAUUCAUGCUUGAGAGGUCCUCAAACAGCUAUGAUUACCUUGUUGAUGAUGGAACUGAAUGUAACUCUACAUCAGAUUUACUGUCGGAACGAAAUCGCGAGCAGAGUUUGGUGGAUCUCUUAGUUCCUUCCAUGUUAUUGCUGAUCACCCUUCUGCAGAAAUUACAGGAAGCAAAUGAGCAGCACAGAAAUACAAGGUUAAUGAAUGCGCUACUGAGAUUGCAUCGGGAAGUAAGCCCCAAGUUAGCUGCUUGUGCUGCAGAUCUAUCCUCUCCAUAUCCCGAUUCUGCCCUAGGAUUUGAAGCUGUGUGCCAUCUCAUUGUGUCUGCACUUGCUUAUUGGACGGUUUUUGGGUGGACUCCUGGCCUCUUCCACUCCCUGUUAACUAAUGUUGAAGCCACUUCCCUGAUGGCCUUGGGCCCUAAGGGAACCUGCAGUCUGCUCUGUCUUCUGAAUGAUUUGUUUCCUGAAGAAGGUGUAUGGCUUUGGAAGAAUGGCAUGCCUUUAUCGAGUGCCCUCAGAACUUUGGCUGUUGGGACAAUAUUGGGACCUCACAAGGAAAGAGAGGUCUCCUGGUAUCUGAAGCCGGAACAUCAUGAGAAGGUGCUUUCGCAAUUGAUUCCGCACCUUGGCAAAAUUGCAGAAAUUAUCCAACAUUAUGCCAUUUCUGCACUGGCUGUGAUACAAGACAUGCUAAGACUUUUUAUCGUUCGUGUUGCAUGUCAAAAAAUCGAAAAUGCUUCUAUCCUACUCCGCCCAAUAUUUUUGUGGAUUCAUGAGAAUGUCUCGAACUUAGCAUUUCCAUCUGAAAUCGAUGCUUACAAGAUUUACAGAUAUCUUGAUUUUCUCGCUAGCUUGAUAGAGCAUCCACAGACUAAGGCUCUCUUGUUGAAGGAGGGAAUCAUUCAGGUUUUGGAGAAAGUCAUGGAAAGGUGUUUGGAUUCCCUUGAUUUAGAAGGGAAAGAGUUUCCUGAGAACAAUAAUUCGGCUGAUCUUGGUUUUACCGUGUUUAGUUGGUGCCUCCCUGCAUUAGAGUCAAUGUCACUGCUCUGUAGCUCUAGAAAACUACAAUACUCUGGGAGAACUGAUUUGCAAAAUCUCGAUUUAACUGCUGGAGAUUGUGGAUUGAUUAUACCCUUCCUUCUCAAGUUUUUCCAGGUCUUACCAAGAGGUAAAGAGUUGGUGGCUUGUGUCAGAGCUUUCAAAGAAUUGGUUUCUUGCGCUGAAGGUCGCAAGGCUUUCUUGGACACUUUCUCUUACGUCCACUCCGAUGGUGAAGUGCAUGAACAGAAGAACGUAUGUGAAAGUAAUCCAAAUAAUGAACCCAGGGGUUCACGGUGGACAAGGCCUCCCCCCUUGUUGUGCUGCUGGAAAAAGCUUUUUGAUUCGUUCCUUUCGAAGGAUGAUCUCUCGACAUCUUCAGUGGAGGCCAUUGAUGUAUUGUCUGAAGGAUGUCUGUCCUUCUGUAGAGAUGGGAAAAUAUUAAACUUGAGAGGCUUUGCUGUAAUGAAGUAUCUAUUCGGGCUCUCGGAAGAUGUAAACAUGGGGGGUGAUUCUCUCGAAGAAAACAUGGAUUACGUAAAGGCGGUAACUACUGUUUUGAAUUCCAAGGUUGCGGUGUCGGCAAACUCAUUGCUAGGGCUACUGCAGAAACCUACUGGCACCGUUGAUACGGCUGACAUAUUUUCCUCUGAAGCUCCUACUGCGCCAUCAAAUGACAUUUUUUCUUCGUCAAAGAUUAAUCUGAUGGGAGAUAGGAGUUCUGACAAGUCUGAAGAUUUCCUUAAGAUGGGAGGACUUUUGGACAAGUUCCUGUGGGAGUGUCCAGAAAACAUGCCCGACAAGGGUGGAGCUCUUCCUGCAAAAAGGAAGCUGACAUCGAUGGAAGCCCUAGGAAGACGUGGCCGAGGAGAAAACUCACCCACAGACAUCUCAGCCUCAAGUUCGUUUGCCCGUGGGUCUGGCCCAUCUUCUGCACCCCCAGGUCCCACACGCAGGGAUACCUUUCGGCUGCGGAAACCAAACACAAGCAGGCCACCCUCUAUGCACGUUGACGACUAUGUGGCGAGGGAGAGGAAUGUUGAUGGUGGAACUGAUGUAAUUGCGAUUCCACGGGCCGGAUCCUCAAGCGGGAGGCCCCCGUCCAUUCAUGUGGAUGAGUUCAUGGCUCGACAGAGAGAGCGUCAGAACUCUCUUACGACGGCAGUUGUGGGGGAGGCAGUUACCCAACUGAAGGCUUCAACUCCAGCUCUAGCUCAGAGUGGUGAAGCUGAGGAAGCGAGAGUAAGCAAGAAGGAGCUGAAGGCCACUACGGAUCUAGAUGAUGAUAUCAAUAUCGUCUUUGACGGUGAAGAUUCUGAACCCGAUGAUAAGUCUUUAUUUCCUCAGUUGGAUGAGAACUUGAACCAGUCUGCCCCAGCAAUUCUUGAUCAGAACUCUCCUCGUUCCAUUGUUGAAGAGACUGAAAGUGACGUUCAGGAGAGCGGUCAAUUCUCUCGUAUGGGGACACCAGUGGGGUCCAACGCUGAUGAGAACAACAAUGUUCAAAGCGAGUUCUCAUCAAGGAUGUCUGCUGCUUCACGUGUGGUGGAAAAGCGGUUGACCCGAGAACCAAGCAUUACUUCAGAGAAGAAGUUUGAUCAACCCAGUGAUCAGAAGGAUGCAAUGGCAGCAAAUAGCUCAGGUUUUUCAGCGUCCAUGUAUCCAUCAUCAGGACGGGGACGAACAGAUUCAAGGAUGAGCCCACAAAUAUCGUACCCAAAACAAAGCCCACAACAUUCAGCGAGUAAUUUGCCAAUUGGUGGGGGACAACAAGGACCAGCCUAUGACCAGAAAUAUUUGCAGAGCCAACCACCUUUACCUCCGAUGCCACCUCCACCAACAUUGAUGCCUCAGUCAUCUGAUUCAGUUCCUCCUCAAUCUAACCUCAUGAUGGAUGGGCAGCAGGCUGUCCCUUCUCCAUAUCAGGUUCCAUCAGAUUAUUUACCUGUUCGACCACCGCUUCCUCCUACGCCACCCCCAUUUUUGUCGAGUCCUUAUAACAUAAAACCUUCGACCCUGCAACCUUCUCUCUAUGGUCAGACAAGUGCUGGAACAACGGAGUUUGCCCAAUCCUCUGCUAUCCCGAUUCCACAUUCCAUGGCAGGAACGAGAAUUCCUUCCUAUCCUCCACCUCAAUUAAUGACGCCAAUGGUUUUUAACCGCCCGGCUUCUGUCCCGAUGAACUUCUAUGGAAGCUCGCCAAUGGAUAACCCAACUGUUCAGUCGAUGCAUUCUCUUCCUCAGCUGCAGCCUCUUCAGCCGCCUCUUAUCCCUCCACAGCCACCGCCACAUCAUAUCAGGCCUCCAACUCAGUCUUCUUCACAGCAAUCGGACCAAGGGUUAUCUAUGCCGAGCCCCGUUCCAGUGCAGGCGCAUCUAAUGCAGCCGCAGAUGCUACAACAACAGCCUCAAGUCCCAGCAAUUGGCAACGCCUUUUACCAAUCGCAGCAGCCUGAGUCUUCACAUGCUCAGUUGCGUCAACAAGGGCAGGUUUUGCCUCAGCAAGGCGAAGCUGCAUCAAGCCAGCAGAAAGAUUCGGGUGUAUCACUGUCCGAUUAUUUCAAAUCUACGGAAGAUAUCCAGGCUUUGUUGAGCGACCGAGAGAAGCUUUGCCAGCUUUUGGAGCAGCACCCAAAGCUCAUGCAGAUGCUUCAGGAAAGGUUGGGCCAGCUGUAACCCGUAGAGGUUUUUGCUCUCGUGAAGUCGGGAGUUGGAUCAGCUGCCGAGCUGAAAUCCCUCCCCUCGACAUGUUUCACCUCGUGUUCGUGAACUAGCCAUGGGAGAACAAUACGUACUCUCAAGAGGCUUGUUGCACUUGGAACUCAUAGUGUUGUAUGUCCAUUAUUGUCCAUGAAACUUGUACAUAUGUACAAUUUUGUCUCCAAUUAUCUAGAACUUCACGAGCCCAUAUUUGUACUA